AACCCCCAACCGCCCACCAUGGGCUCCACCGCGGCAGAACCCACCACCCUACCGCUAACACGCGCCUCCGUCGUCGCCGCCCACGCCCUCAUCAAGCCAUACAUCCACCUCACGCCCGUGCAAACCAACACCACGCUCUCCACCCUCGCAUCGACGCCGCAAUCUCCCGAAGCCCUCAAAGGCACCCCGUGGGAGGGCCAGCCGCCCGCGCGCCCGAAGAUCAAACUCUUCUUCAAGUGCGAGAACUUCCAGCGCAUCGGCGCAUUCAAGGCGCGCGGCGCGUUCCACGCCGUGCGCCGGCUGGUCGAGAGGCAGGGGCUGGAGGAAGUGCGGCGGCGGGGCGUGGUGACGCAUAGCAGCGGAAACCACGCGCAAGCCCUCGCCCUCGCCGCUCAAACCUUCGCCAUCCCCGCCCACAUCGUCAUGCCGGCCAUCUCCACGCCCUCCAAGAUCGCCGGCACCCGCGCCCACGGCGCGCGCAUCUACUUCUCGGGCCCGACGGCGCCGGAGCGCGAGGCCGUCGUCGCAGACGUGCUGCGCGAGACGGGGGCCACGCUCGUCCCGCCGUACGACCAUCCGGAUGUUAUCCUCGGGCAGGGCACUAUGGCGCUGGAGUUUGCGGCGCAGGUGGACGAGCUGGUGGGCGGGCGGGCGGAGCUGGGUGUACAUAGAGAAGGGGGGAGGGGCCUGGAUGCGGUGAUUACGCCGUGUGGGGGCGGGGGCAUGCUGGCGGGGAAUGCGGUUGCGCUGAGGGGCACGGGCGUGCGGGUGUUUGGCGCGGAGCCGAGUUUCCAGGGCGCGGACGAUGCAAGGAGGGGCGUGGAGAGGGGCGAGCGCGUGCGGAGUGUGAGGAGCCUGACGAUUGCGGAUGGGCUGCGCACGCCGCUCGGAGAGUGGAAUUGGGGGGUUGUGGCGGAUGAGGAGUUUGUCGGGGGGCUGUAUGCGGUGACGGAGCGGAAUAUUAGGGAUGCGAUGAGAUUGGUGCUGGAGCGCGUGAAGUGCGUCGUCGAGCCCAGUGCGGUGGUGGGGCUGGCGGCUGUGCUGUUUAAUGAGGAGUUUAGGGGGGUGGUGGAGAGGGAGGCGGGCGAGGAGGGGUGGAAUGUUGGGGUGGUGUUUAGUGGGGGGAAUACGACGGUGGAGGCUAUUGCGCAGAUCUUUAGGGAGGUGCCGGAGGAGAGGGCGGAGAGGCAGGAAGGUGUCGUCGGGAUGGAUGGGGAGAGGGUGGCUGAGAAUGUUGCGGGAUAG